CGAUCACACACCGCCUCACUACCAACAACAUGAAGCUCUUCGUGGUUGCCGCCCUGCUGGCCGUUGCCGCCGCCGACAACGCGCCCUACACCACUCCGGCGCCCACCUACGCCCCGACCUACAAGCCCACCUACGCGCCCAGGCCCGCCUACCACCCCCAGCCGGCCUACAAGCCCGCUCCCUACCACCAGGAGAGCUACGACGAGCCGCCCAAGUACGACUUCAGCUACGACGUCCACGGAUACGGAGACUACGAGCCCGUCUUCAACGCCCAGGAGGCGCGUGACGGCUACGCCACCCAGGGAUCUUACUCGGUUGUGCUGCCCGACGGCCGUACCCAGACGGUCACCUACCGUGUGGAUGACGCCUACUCUGGUCUGAUUGCUGACGUCAUCUACGAGGGUGAGGCCCGCUACGACGAGUACAAGCCCAGCUACAAGCCUGCCCCGGCCUACAAGCCCGCCCCUGCUUACCAGCCCGCGCCCGCAUACAAGCCCGCCCCUACCUACAAGCCCGCCCCCACCUAUAAGCCCACCCCGGCCUACAACUAGAGAUGAGUCAAUAUUGGGUUUACUUCAAUAAUGCCUGCCAAAGCGUGCAGUGUCUCUUAUGUAUGUCUGUGUGUAUUUAUUGCAAAGCGAAUGCGAGUCAAUAAAGGUAAAUGAAUUUUA